UUUAAGCGAGGUGUACAAGUUACUAAAAUUUUUAUCGGUAGCUAACAAUUCUAAAAAGUGUUUACUUUGUAUUACACAAUACUUUUAACUUCAAUUGUAGUCCAACGAAAUCGUAUAUUUGUGCACGUUGUGGAGCAAGAUAUUCCUACUGUCGAGAUCGUAUACUGUACCAUCUUGUGUGCAAGAUACUGACCCUACAUCGUUGCACAUGCGUAAAAUAACUCCCACCUGAUGACGAGCCAAUGACAAAUCGAUAUGUUCACGAAAGCUUUGACUAUUCUCUUAACAGUUAAUAGUGAAAUCUCGGAUCUGAUGGGUCUAGAGUAGUGCAUUUUUGUUAGGACAAGAGAGAGGCAGGAAUAGAAGAUAACUGUGAACCAUAUUUCGAACGAGAAUUCGUGUCCAUUGCAUUGGAAUCAUCGAAAAAUUUUGAGCAAAUGAAGACUAUUUGGAUCAUUGGUGGGCCAGGAUCUGGCAAAGGAACGCAGUGUGAACGAAUCACUGCGAAAUAUGGACUUCUUCACAUAAGCAGUGGAGACCUGCUGAGAGAAGAGGUUGCCAGCGGUAGUGCCAGAGGAGCUUCACUGCAAGAAAUAAUGUCUCAAGGUUUAUUUGUCCCGACGGAUACCGUAUUGCAACUGAUAAACGAACGAAUGGAGAAGGCGAAAAAGGAAGGUAGCACGAAAACCGGAUUUCUCAUUGAUGGAUAUCCCCGUGAAUUAGAACAAGGACUCCUUUUCGAGAAGAAUGUGUGUCCCGUCGAUUUGAUUAUCUUUUUUGAUGUUUCGAAUGAAACGUUGAAAAAGAGAUUACUGGGACGUGCUGCUGUGUCGAACAGGGCUGAUGAUAAUGCAGAAGCGAUCGAAAGGAGAAUUCAAAUAUUUAAUACGAAAAAUGGGGAGAUUAUUAAGCACUACGAAAAUAAAGUUGUGAGAAUCAAUGCUGAAGGCAAUGUUGAUGAUAUAUUCGCAGAAGUUUCGAAAGCACUGGAUCCUCUGUUAGCUUAAUUCUUCUGAAAUUUUAAUUUAAAAUUUAAUCAAAAUCGCCUAAUCGCGCAAAAUAAUUUUCUUGGAUUUCUGCGACAAAAAUGAGAAAUUAAUUUUACAAUUCUAGUCGAUUUAAAUCAGUGAGGGGAUUCGACUUGCAUCGGGUUUGCAACAGGUUUAUUGAAAAGAAACUAUUAAAUCGAGCAACUUGCUCUUGCUAGCGAUGUAAUGAUUUAAGAGAAACAUCUAGUUACGAAGUAAUCCGAUAUGUCCUAAAGAGUACCUGCAAAUGCCCAUUGUUAUCAUACUGUUUAUAACUUUAGCGAUUGUUUUGAAUAAUAAUUAACUAUAUAUUUUA